UGCAGAGCGACGGGCGCAGGCACAGGCACCGGCCGCCGCUGCUGCGACCGCCCCGGGCUCCAGCAGCGCGCUGCACCGCAUGCCCGCGCCGGCACCUGCACCUCCAGCCCGCUAUCGCUAUCUUAGCGCGUCGGUUGCGCCCGCGCUGAUGCUGCCACAAGCUCCCGCGCGCAGCGUCCCAGCCCCAGCGUCCAGCCCCAGCGCGGCUGCGUCUGCUGCGCUCCACCACCGCCGUGCGCCCUCACCACCGCGCCAUGCCGCCCUCGAUGCCAUGUCCGUCCAUCCGCAUCCCCAUGGAGCUGCUGACGCCCACUGCCUUUGCCCAGUUCGGCGCCGUCGUUGAAAACCCCGCCACCUCGCCCAGCUCGCGGCUGCCCAUCCCGCAGCGCGUGCCCCCGCCCGAGCAUGUCGUCGCCAACCAGGGCUCGGCGACCAAGUACCUGGACGUCACGCACAUGGCGAAUCUCUACAGUCUGGCGCCCUCGAAGAAGCCCGCCAAGGCCGUCAUGAACAUGUUCGUGUGCUCGCCACGCAACCUCCGCACCAACGAGCCCAGCGCGAGCAUCCCCAGCUCGUGGGGCGACCUCGAUCUGGACGAGGACGAAGACGGCAACGGCGACCUCGACAGGCAACUGCUGGACGUGACCAUCCUCGAAAGACACCCCUUCACCACCCAGACCUUCAUCCCAAUGGGCCUCGCCGCGCAAGACAAGCACACGCAGUACCUGGUCAUCGUCGCGCCGACCCUCCCAGCCAGCGCCUCAAAACGCCACAUUGGCCGUCCGCCGCCGUAUCCCACGCCUCUUGUCGAGAGGAAGCGGAGUUUCAGAGACAUCUUUGCAAGGGCCCGGCCCGCUCCGUACUCCACCGAGUCCGCCCCGCCGACAUCUCAAUUCGACAAACUGCACGCUUCAGCGCGAUCGAAGGGGCCGGGACUGCCGGAUCUGAAGAACCUUCGCGCCUUCGUAGCAAGGGGCGACCAAGCAGUGACCUACGGUGCGGGGACGUGGCAUGCGCCUAUGAUAGUGAUUGGCGACCGGCCCAUCGACUUUGUUGUUGUGCAGUUCGCGAACGAAGUGGGCAUCGAGGACUGUCAGGAGAUUAGUCUCAAGCCUGCCAAGGGUGCCCAAGAGGGUGUCGUGGUCAUGGUGGAUUCAGAUGGCGCGGGAAAGGUGCAGGUCAAGGCAGGUGUUGGGUCUGUGAAAGCAAAGUUGUAAGUUCGGGUGCUCUAAUGGUGUUUGCCAUGUGUCCUGCGUUCGGCGAAU